ACCCACUUGACGCGGUUUCAAGCCGCUACGUCCUUUAAUUCUAGCGUCACCUAAAACCCCAAAAUUCCGAGUCCGACAUAAGGAGCCCUGCUAAUUCAUAAACAGUAAAAACUCCUUUGUUAUUCUGCUUCCCAGUUCCCAGUUCUCUCAGCUCCAGCCAUGGUGGACCCGAAUCCAUCCUCAAGUAAUCAACCAUUUACUCUUUCAACAACUAAAACCUCCGCUUCUACUCAAAAUCAUUUCUUCGUGUGGAGGGAAUUUUUAUGGGGGGCAAUAGCUGGUGCAUUUGGGGAAGGAAUGCUGCAUCCGGUUGAUACCAUCAAGACCCGGAUUCAAAGCCAAGCCGUUCUCAGAGGUUGCCGGAACCAAAAGAGCAUAUUGCAGAUGGUCCGAACUGUUUGGGCAACUGAUGGUUUAACUGGGUUUUACCGAGGAAUUACACCAGGGGUCACUGGAUCUCUUGCUACUGGAGCUACAUACUUUGGAGUUAUAGAGUCCACCAAGAAGUGGAUAGAAACAUCGCAUCCCAAUCUUGGUGGCCACUGGGCACAUUUUAUUGCCGGAGCUAUUGGGGAUACGCUUGGCUCUUUCGUGUAUGUGCCAUGCGAAGUGAUGAAGCAACGCAUGCAGGUCCAAGGAUCAAAGAAAUACUGGAGUUCUGUGGUGAUGAAAGGUAGUGCACACAUGAAGCAUGGCAACCCUAUGUAUGGUUACUAUUCUGGACUAUAUCAAGCUGGCUGUUCAAUAUGGAAGGAACAAGGGCUGAAGGGGUUAUAUGCAGGGUACUGGUCUACACUUGCAAGGGAUGUGCCAUUUGCUGGUCUGAUGGUCACUUUUUAUGAGGCCUUCAAAAACGUGACAGAGUAUGGGAGGCAAAGAUUGUUUCCUGAUUCAAAUCGCUGUCCGAACAGCUCUAUUGAGGGGCUUUUAUUGGGAGGAUUGGCUGGUGGUUUAAGUGCAUAUCUUACUACUCCACUGGAUGUAGUUAAAACAAGGCUUCAAGUACAAGGAACAACCUUGAGGUAUAAUGGCUGGUUGGACGUGAUCCAGAAGACAUGGUCAACUGAAGGUAUUAGGGGAAUCUUCAGAGGUAGCAUUCCCAGAAUCAUGUGGUAUGUUCCCGCUUCUGCUCUGACUUUCAUGGCCGUAGAGUUUCUCAGGGAGCAUUUUAAUGAUGGCGUGAAUGAUGACAAAUUGAAAGAAGUUGCAAGCCUGUCAAUAGACAAAAAUGCUUCUUCCUUUCAGGAGGUGUCUUAGAAUAAUGGAUGAGAAACAUUUCCUAACAAUUUUGUCCAGCUGAAACGUUGUCCAGUUUCAUGAUGGCUCAUUACAUCAGAUUAAAAUAAUCUGUAUAUGCUAACAAUCCCAGCUGAUAUGCAAUUUGGCCUGGGAAAUACCUCAGUUACACUGGUGCAGCUAACAGAAAUGCAGUCAGCGUACAGAGAUGUGCAAAUGCCUGUUCUGUGGCUUGUACGAAAAGAACUUGAGAAUUAAUUUUCAACUUAGUUUAUCUGUGAGCUUGUAUCUGUUAACCUGAAUGGAUGUGCAUUCAUGAUGACAGGAGACCCCCAAUUUUUUAAUCCAAUUAUGUGUGUAUCUCAGUAGCCAUUGCAAUGAGUAAUAAUAUUCUACUUCGGUCAGCAGUGAGAUGAAAUUUGCUGCCGUUUUGAUC